AUGCCGUGCCCACGAGGCAACUUGGCUAAGAUUCCAGGAAUGGAGAAAACCUGUCCCGGGGACCUCAGGCAAAAGAAGUGCAGUCCAGAAAAACAUGCUUCAUUCAUCAGUAAGAUGACAUAUUCCUGGUUUAACAGCAUAAUAAUUCUUGGCUACAAGAAACCAUUGGAAAGAGAGGAUCUUUUUGAAUUGAAUGAUAGUGACUCUUCCUACAAUGUGUGUCCUAUCUUUGAAAAGCAAUGGAGAAAGAACAUCUUAACAAAUAACAAGAAGCAAAAGUUUUCCUUUCACAAAGAAGCAAAGGCCAAGAAACCAUCUUUACUUCACGCACUGUGGAACACCUUUAACUUUUCACUGAUUCAGGUGGCUUUGUUCAAAGUGUUUGCUGACAUUUUAUCUUUUAUUAGCCCACUCAUAAUGAAGCAGAUGAUCCUUUUCUGUGAAAAUCGCCAUGACGUGGUUUGGAACGGCUAUGGGUAUGCAGUUGCCCUUUUUGUGGUGGUUAUUUUGCAAACUUUGGUUCUUCAGCUUUAUCAACGUUUUAAUAUGCUCAACUCAGCAAAAAUUAAAACAGCUGUAAUUGGACUGCUGUACAAAAAGGCCUUAAAUUUAUCCAAUUCUUCCCGAAAAAAAUUUUCAACUGGUGAAAUUAUUAACUUGUUUUCAGAAGAUGCCCAGCAACUCAUGGACCUUACUGUAAAUCUCAAUAUACUCUGGUCUGCACCUCUGCAGAUCCUGAUGGCAAUUUUGCUACUCUGGCAAGAGCUGGGCCCAUCUGUGUUUGCGGGUAUUGCAGUACUUGUGUUGGUGAUACCUCUAAAUGCAUUAGUUGCUAACAGAAUCAAAACGUUAAAGAAAAGUCAAACAAAGAACAAAGAUCAACAGAUAAAACUACUCAAUGAAGUCUUACAGGGAAUCAAGAUUCUCAAACUUUAUGCAUGGGAACCUUCCUAUCAGAAAAAGAUCACUGAAAUUCGAAAACAUGAAUUAGAAAUUCAAAAAUCAGCUGGAUAUCUUACAGUAUUCUCUAUGCUUACACUGACUUGCAUUCCUUUCUUGGUGUCUCUGGCCACUUUUGGAGUAUAUUUUCUUCUGGACGAAGGGAAUGUUUUAACGGCCAAUAAAGUUUUUACAUCUAUGUCUUUGUUUAAUAUUUUGAGGCUUCCUUUGUUUGAUUUACCAAUGGUGAUCUCUGCUGUAGUCCAGACAAAAAUAUCUCUGAGUCGUUUGCAAGACUUUCUCCAUGCUGAGGAGCUCAAUGCUGAAAACAUUGAAACUUGCUAUCCUGGAAAUUAUGCUAUAGAGUUUACUGAUGCAUCCUUCACCUGGGAAAAGAGUCAGCCUCCAACCUUAAAUAACUUGAACAUAAAGAUUCCAGAAGGAGCAUUAGUUGCAAUUAUAGGACAAGUUGGGUCAGGAAAAUCAUCUGUGCUCUCUGCCAUUCUGGGAGAAAUGGAGAAACUUAAAGGAACAGUCCAAAGAAAAGGCUCAGUGGCUUAUGUCUCCCAGCAGGCCUGGAUCCAGAAUUCCAAAUUACAAGAAAACAUUGUCUUUGGCUCAGUUUUGCAGAAGCAGUACUAUGAACGAGUACUGGAAGCUUGUGCUCUGCUACCAGAUUUGGAGCAAUUCCCCAAUGGAGACCAAACUGAAAUUGGAGAAAGAGGUGUGAAUAUAAGCGGAGGUCAGAAACAACGUGUAAGCCUGGCUAGGGCUGUUUACAGCGGUGCUGAUGUCUACCUCCUUGACGAUCCCUUAUCUGCAGUUGAUGUCCAUGUUGGGAAGCAUCUUUUUGAAAAAGUGAUAGGAUCCUCAGGACUUUUGAAAAACAAGACUCGUGUUUUAGUGACACACAACCUUACAAUUCUGCCUCAGACAGAUCUUAUACUUGUAAUGGAAAGUGGCAAGGUAGCACAAAUGGGAACUUACCAAGAACUGCUGUCUAAAUCAAAAGAUUUCACCAACUUGCUUCAGAUAUCCAGCACUCAGGAGAAAGUUCACCCUUCAAAAGAAGUCAGUCAAAGCAAUUACAGAACUAUACCAAAAGACAAAAUGAUGGAACAGAAAGACAGCCUCUUUUUGGAUCAAGAAAAAAAUUUCUUCAUGAAGAAAGAAAAAAUCCCAACUGGUGGUGUAAAAUUUUCCAGCAUUGUGAAAUACCUACAAGCUUUUGGCUGGCUCUGGGUGUGGCUAUGUGUUGCUACUUACCUAGGCCAGAAUUUAGCAAGCAUAGGACAAAAUCUAUGGCUAAGCACCUGGACUAAAGAAGCCAAGCAAGCUAAAGAUACCAUAGAAUGGAAACAAUUAAGAAAUCAUAAACUUAAUGUCUAUGGGUUACUAGGAUUAAUACAAGGUUUUCUGGUCUGUUUUGGAGCUUAUAUACUAACCAAUGGAGCCUUUGCUGCUUCUAAAACAUUACAUCAUCAGAUGCUGGACAGUGUGAUGCAUCUUCCAUUCCAGUUCUUUGAAACCAAUCCCAUUGGCCAGAUCAUCAACCGAUUUACUAAGGACAUGUUUAUCAUUGAUGCGCGUUUCCAUUAUUACUUACGGACCUGGGUGAACUGUACGCUGGAUGUUCUUGGAACCGUCUUAGUCAUUGUGGGUGCUUUGCCACUCUUCGUUCUUGUGGUGAUCCCCCUUGUGUUCAUGUAUUUCACUAUACAAAGAUACUACAUUGCAAGUUCUCGACAAAUCCGGAGGUUAGCAGGAGCGUCCCGUUCUCCUAUUAUAUCACACUUCAGUGAAACUUUGGCAGGAGUAUCAACAAUACGAGCUUUUGGACACCAGCAGAGGUUCAUCAGCCAAAACAGAGACGUUGUCAAUGAGCAUUUGGUUUGCUUCUACAACAAUAUCAUUUCAAACAGGUGGCUCUCUGUUAGACUUGAAUUCCUUGGCAACUUACUGGUUUUCUUUGCUGCAUUACUCGCUGUCCUGGCAGGAGAUGCAGUGGACUCCACAACAGUUGGUUUAAUCAUAUCUUAUGCAUUAAAUAUUACUCAGUCUUUGAACUUUUGGGUUCGAAAAGCAUGUGAAAUUGAAACCAAUGCAAUUUCCAUUGAAAGAGUUUUUGAAUAUACAAACAUCCAGAAAGAGGCACCACGGAUAAAAUCUAACAGGCCACCAUCACACUGGCCCGAUAAAGGGAUAGUAGAAUUUGUUAAUUAUGAAGCUCGUUAUCGCCCAGAUCUUGGUUUAGCUUUGCAAAAUGUUACUUUCCGAACUCACAGUGAAGAAAAGGUUGGAAUUGUAGGAAGAACUGGAGCUGGUAAAUCAACAUUGACAAAUUGCUUAUUUAGAAUUGUAGAAAAAUCAGGUGGCAAAAUUAUUAUUGAUGGGAUUGACAUAUCAGCUAUUGGACUUCAUGAUCUACGUGGCAAACUUAACAUUAUUCCACAGGACCCUGUCUUGUUUUCUGGCACACUCCAAAUGAACCUGGAUCCACUUGAAAAGUAUUCAGAUAAUGAGCUUUGGGAGGCACUAGAACUAUGUCACUUAAAGGACUUUGUGCAAUCUCUUCCCAAGAGGCUGCUGCAUGAGAUUUCAGAAGGUGGUGAGAACCUCAGUGCUGGACAAAGGCAGCUUGUAUGUCUUGCUCGUGCAUUGCUUCGGAAAACAAAAAUUCUUGUCCUAGAUGAACCAACAGCCUCUGUGGAUUAUGAGACAGAUAGCCUGGUACAAUCCACCAUCCAGAAGGAAUUUGCUGACUGCACCAUAUUGACUAUAGCUCACAGGUUGCAUACUGUCAUGGAUUCAGAAAGAAUACUUGUGCUAGAUUCUGGAAGAAUUAUAGAAUUUGAAACGCCUCAGAAUUUGAUCCGGCAGAAAGGGCUUUUUUCUGAAAUGGUAAAAGAGGCUGGAAUCAUACAAGAUGCAGAUAUAACACAUAAAUAAUUUGGACUUAUUGAUUGGUUCUUAUGAAAAAUUUGUUUUGUUUGUAAGCCAUAUUGUUCACUCACUGUUGAAUAGAAAAUUAGAAAGAAAUGCAGUAAAGUUCCAACAAAUAUACCAUUAUACAUUACAUAGACACACACACAAGUGUGUGUAUAUAUAUAUAUAUGUAAUGUUACAUUAGUUGGAACC